AUGAAAUAUAUAAUCGCCGAAGAAACCUCUACUGCACGAACUAUAUCCUGCGUCAUUACAGGACCACGUGUGUUUAGAGGCUUGGCGCGAAAUUCAAAAUUCAACGAAACAGCCCUUGAGACCGGAACCCUAAUCUUCAAAGAAGGGAUACCACGUCGAGGGCACGAAGUCCAUUUAAAAGACCUCCCGUUAAAGACCUAUAAAGUAAUUCAGAGGGCAGAAGAAGAAGAUGACACGUUGACUCUCUACAUGGAUGAGCUCAGUCACAUUGUCUCCAGUUUAGCGUUUUUAGUUGAACAGGAGUAUCCAGUAAUGAACCUGAAACCAGCUGCAGUAAAGAUCUACGAUUACUAUGAGAAAGAUGAAUAUGCCAUUGUCGAAUACAACUCGCCCUGUACUUGGUUUUGAAAGAAAAUAACUUGGCUAAAUCCCGACCACAGAUUCUCCCAAUUAUCUACUGAACUUUUACAGCACAAAUAAGAUAUGAAUUCCACAUUGAGAUUUGGUGCAUUUGAUC